ACAGGUAGAUUAAAACCAAAAUGGCUGCAAAUAGAAAAAAUGAUCUUGGAUGUGGCAAACUGAGAAGUGAUAUGGAAGAUUCACAGAGCAAUACAGAGGAAGGUGUCUCGUCCACCUCAAAGAUUAAAGCCAACAAAUCAAGAGAGGAUUUACCAAGCAAGCCAGAGGAAGGCAUCUCAUCCAAAUCAAAGACUAAGGCCAACAAAUCAAGAGAGGAUUUACAAAGCAAGCCAGAGGAAGGUGUCUCAUCCAAAUCAAAGAAGGCCAACAAAUCAAGGGAAAAUGUGGGCAGUUAUACUCAGCUGCUAAGGCAACACAGGAGAAGAUCACCAAGAGAUCUGAUGGAUCAAGAAGAUAUGAAAAUUGAUAAACCAAACAAAAAGAAAGUAUGUGAAAUGAUAGCAGAGUCAGCACAGAGAUCUGUAGGGAAGGAAGCAUUGACUAAUGAAAGUGUGUAUCCAAAGUUAGUGGAGGAUCUCAGGGACAGUGCAUUGAACAGUGGUUGUGAUAUUCCAGUGGAUAUAAAACCCAGUGAGAAGAAAAAUGAAAGUGGUAUAGAAGUUGAAAAGUUUGAAAAAAGUGAAGGACAAAAUGAUAGUCAAUUAUUAAAUAACCAGGCAGCUAAUUCUUUAGUUCAGGAACCUCAGAGUAUAGAGUCUGAAAAUAAAGGUAACAGGGUGAAGGGUCAGAAGGAGAAGAGGCCAAAAAGUGGGAAGUCAAGACAAGGUUCAGGGGGGCCUGAGAUGUCAGAGAGAGGGCAGAAAAAUGAAAGAAAAGGUAAAAAAGAAGAAAGUAAUAAACCUCCUAAUGAUUCUACUAAUAAAGUAGAUAGGCCUAAAAGUGGAAAAGGUAGACAAAAGGAAAGAGAAAACCAGGAAAUGGUUAAUGCCUCAGAAAAUCAACAGGAUGAAAAUGGCAAGAAGAAAAAGCCAAGAAACAGAAGAUUUGUAAGGUAUGAUAAGGAAAAUGAAAGUAGACCAAAUAGUGAGAACUUGCAGGAGGGUUCAGAUGAAAACGAAAGUAGAAAUGGUGGUUUGAAUGGAGAGGAGUUAAAGAAAGGAAGAAGGUCUGAGAGACCUGGGAGUGGUAGGAAUUUACAGGAGAGCAUAAAGGAAGAUUUAAUGGAGAAACGAGAUAAUGCACAAGGGAAGGGCCAUAACAGAGGGAAAAAAAAUAAAGGACAGCCACAGAACAAUAGAGGACAGUCAGCUAAAACCCAGUGUUUGUUUGAGCAUUACUGGUCAGCUGAGGAAAUCUCUGCUGGACUGAAACGAGGGGAACUGCUUGAGGGACAGUUUAGGAUAAAUGUGAAGAAUUAUGAAGAGUGCUUUAUAGACCAUCCUGAUGGAAAGAGGGACAUUCUUAUCUCAGGGAUGAAGGACAGGAACCGAGCAUUCCACGGGGACAUCGUGGUCGUCCAGCUCAAAGACAAGCUGGAAUGGAGGGUGCAUGAGAAACACCUAACAGAUCUGGAAGAAGAACACAGACAAAAAUGUGAUGAGAAAAAUUCCUCAGUUGUUGAUACAUCUGAUGUUGUCACUGAUACCAUAGGUGCCACUGGGAAUAGCAACAGUGGGGACAAAGAUGCCAGUGGCAGCCAAGCUGACAGUCAGAAAAACACUCCUAAAGCCACUCCACAGAAAAAAUACCUCUCUGUACAUGGGGCUCUUACUAAUAAUAGCCCAGUCAUCAAAAAAUUAUUUCAUGAAGAAGCAGAGAAGAAAGAUGAACAUUUGGAGAGCAAACUGCUACAACCAACAGCAAAGGUAGUGGCCAUCCUGGAGAAAAGAAACAACAGAGCUUGUACAGGAAAUAUCAGUUUAAUGACUGACAAAAACAAAAAUUGGGCCUUUUUCAAGCCCAUCGACAGUAGAAUGCCUCGGAUGAGAAUUCCAAUGUCAGAGUGUCCGAAAGAUUUUUAUGAAAGGCCAGAUGACUACAAGAACACUUUAUUCAUAUGCAGAAUAAUAGAAUGGAAAGAUAACAUGCAGGCAUUUGGGUCACUUAUGAAAAGUCUGGGAGAGGCAGGACAGAUUGAGCCAGAGACUGAGGGAAUGCUGAUUGAGAAUGAUGUUGAUUCUUCAGAAUUUCCUCAAGAGGCCAUUGACAGUUUACCUGUUCAUAGUCUGCCUUGGAGGAUUCCAGCAGAGGAGUAUGAAUCCCGACGGGAUUUCCGAUCCCAGUGUGUGUUCACCAUUGAUCCCUCUACAGCACGGGAUUUAGAUGAUGCGCUGUCCUGCGAGAAGCUCCCUGAUGGUAACUAUGAGGUGGGAGUUCACAUAGCUGAUGUCAGUUACUUCCUGAAAGAAGGAACAGUUCUAGAUAAAAUAGCAGGUCAUAGAGCUACUAGUGUGUAUUUGGUGCAAAAGGUAAUUCCUAUGUUACCCAGAAUUCUGUGUGAGGAGCUUUGUAGUUUGAAUCCAGAUGAGGAUAGAUUAACAUUUUCUGUGGUUUGGAAAAUUUCAGAGAAAGGAGAGAUAUAUGAAGAGUGGUUUGGUCGAUCUGUGAUCAAGUCUUGUUGUAAACUGGCAUAUGAACAUGUUCAAGGAUUUAUCGAACAACCAGAUAAAGAUUGGACCAAGGAAGAGUUGCCUCCCAUAUCUGAGAAAUUCUCUGUUCAAGAAAUCAAAGACAGAACUCUAAAUCUUCACAAAAUAGCAGUGAAUCUUCGGAAGCAGCGAAUGGAUAGUGGUGCAUUGAGACUGGACCAGGUCAAGUUACAAUUCUGUCUGAAUGAUGAAACAGGACUUCCUAAUGGCUACAGUAUCUACCAACAGAAAGAUAGUAACAGAUUGGUAGAAGAGUUCAUGUUGCUUGCCAAUAUGGCUGUUGCUCAUAAGACAUAUUCAGUGUUUGACAAACAAUCUCUGCUGAGGCGUCACCCACCACCCAAAUCUAAAAUGAUGGAGGACAUGAGAGACCUUUGUGCCAGUCUAGGUGUUCCUAUUGACAUUGACAGUGCAGGUGAUCUUCAGAGGUCUCUGUGGAGUUACCUUGGAAAUGAUGAAUUUUCAGGUGCUAGAAUGCAAGUGCUUGUCAGUAUGUGCUCCAAGCCAAUGCAGAAUGCUGUAUACUUUUGCACUGGAUGCCUUGAGGAUGAAGAACUGUACAGACAUUAUGCCCUAAAUGUUCCACUAUACACCCACUUCACCAGUCCCAUCAGACGAUAUGCUGAUGUCAUUGUUCACAGGACACUAUCAGCUGCGCUAGGCUACAGUCCAGAGAUUAGUCUGACUCCACAGCAGAUUAACAAGCAGGCACUACAAUGUAAUGAGAAAAAGACCAACUCUAAACGAGUGCAAGAACUAAGUGUAGAUCUCUAUUUCUCCAUAUUUGUCAAGGAAGCUGGUCCAUUUGAGGAGAGGGCAAUGGUGAUGGGUGUGUUGGACAAGGCUUUUGAUGUCUUCAUCAUGAAGUUUGGUGUUGUCAAACGAGUGUACUGUGAUAAACUGGACAUUAAAGAUAAAAUCUUUAUAAAAGAACAGAAGCAGUCUGUGAUGACCUUAAUUUGGAAUCCAGAAAAAGAGGGGGGAGAGUGUGUGCAGGAACGAAUCGCUAUCUUCUCAUUGGUCGAUUGUGUAAUGGCAGCAGGAGAUCGUCCACUACAAUGGAUGGCAACUAUAAAACCCCCUCACAAGAGAAAGAAAGAGACAGAUGAUUUGAGCACUCAGAUGGACAAUUUAGAACUUAGCUGAUUCACAUGACUGUAUAAGGAAUUGUAUACAUCAUUUCAAUACAGCAUAUUUAUUUUAAAUUGGGUAUAUUACAUGCAAAUUAAUAGGAUAUUGAAAUGUAAUUUCUGUAUUUAUUUGAUUGAAAUG